CCGCCCAAUUAUGUUCCCCAAACCGCACGCGCGCGCGCGACUCCCCCCGGCCGCUGUCAUCGUCGUCGUCGUGUUCGGGGAGGAGAUCCGCCGGGCUCGCCCAUUUCCCUCCUCCAAGCUCUCCUCCCCCGCUCCCGCGGCCAGCUGCUGCCACUCCGCGCGCGCCCUCGCCAAACCCUAGCUUGGCCGCCGCCGCCGCCGCCCCCGCCCCCGCACUGCCCCGGCGCCCCACCGAGCGCGUGCGCCGCCCGGGCCAGCGGCGCCGACCGCCACCAUUGCCGUACGGAGGCGUCCCGCCACGUUGGAAUGCGCUGUUUGAAGUGUGAUCAUUGAGGUUGUCAUUGAAGAAGUGUCUAGAAUCGAUUGGCUGCCCUUCCCAUAAUGGACAAGAUACAAUCUGAUUGCCCUUAUCCUGGAUGUUUCUUUUGUGUCAUGAAGGAGGCAAACCCAAGUAAACGAAGAGCAAGUGUGCUAAAGUUCUUUAGGGAACUUCCUUCCCAAGAUGAUGAUGGUCAAGUUCUCCCUAUUAGUGGUCUCUGGAACACAGCAAUGGCUCACCCAAAUGAUCCCGAGUUCAUCAACUUGGGCAUAUUUGAAUGCAUGGCAGCUCUUAUAUGGAAAGGGUUGAAAAACAGGCGUUGGCUUGCACAUGAUCAAAAUAUUUACAUCCCAUAUUAUGCAGCUCACAUAAUUGGAUCAUACACAAUGAAUAUGGAGGAGUUUGCAGAGCGUGCUGUUCGUGCUGGUGUAAUACCUCCAUUAGUCGAACUGUUAAGAGGUAGGCUGACGUGGGUUGAGCAAAGAGUUGCCGUUAGAGCUUUGGGGCAUUUGGCUACAUAUCCUAGUACAUUUCCUGCAGUUGCUGAUCAUGGGGAAGUACUUGAACUUGCCAUUCAACUUGCUUCGAGCUCCCUAGAGAUUGUGUACUCUCACUUUUACCAAUUUGUGGAUCGAAGGCUUGGCUACCAUUGCGACCUUCUUACUCGUGGCAUGGGUGGUGUGGAAAUGGAAUCCCGCAAAGCUGAGGAAUGGGCAAGUCAACUGCAGUGCUGGUCUUUGCAACUCAUUAACUGCUUUGCAUUUAAGCCUGAAUUCCUCCAUGAUAUUUGUAAGCCCGAUUUUCUAGUUAAGUUACCUGGAAUGUGGGGUGGACUUGUAAAUGAGAACUCGCCUGCUGGUGUUGGUUUGCUAAGAACAAUCUGCCAGAGCAAAGUUGGCCGAGGUCAUGUUGCUAACAUUCCUGGUACUAUUGAUGCUUUAUGUAACAUUGCUCGUUCUUCAGAUGACUGGCAAUACAUGGCAGUUGAUUGUCUGAUCUGGUUAGUGCAGGAUGCAAGUACCUGUCAGAAGGUUAUAGAUAAAGUUGCGCCAACACUGAUAGACUUAGCAGAUAUUUCGACACUGGGUGAUUAUAAAAAACUUGGUGACACAAUUGUCACAGUCCUCCAAGAAUGUAUGCAACAGAGUGGGAACUCACGCGGUGCAAUCAGUGCUCAAACCAAAGCAGAAAUUGAUGAGCUUUUGAGAUCCAAGCAAAGUUUGAAAUUGGAAAAGAGUAUGCCAAAGGAGGAUCUUCAUAUAAAACAAGCUGCAGCAUUGGUAGUCAAGUUGGAAGGCAAUUCGCUGUUCUCUUCAGGGAACAUUGCAGGUGCUGCAGAGAAAUACUCUGAAGCACUUGCACUAUGUCCAAUGAAGUCUAAGAAAGAGCGGGUGGUUCUAUACAGCAAUCGAGCUCAAUGUUACCUUCUCCUGCAGCAGCCAUUGGCUGCCAUAAGCGAUGCUACUCGAGCAUUGUGCCUUCAUAGCCCUGUGAAUCGUCAUGCCAAGAGUUUGUGGAGAAGAGCUCAAGCAUACGAUAUGCUUGGUUUUGCAAAAGAGAGCUUGUUGGAUGCAAUCCUUUUCAUAAACGAGUGCUCUCAGUCAAACGAUCCUGACUUAUCCCUGAAGCAAAACAAAGUUCCUGAUUAUGCUGAGCGAUUGGUGAAGAAGCAGAUGCGUGCCGCUUGGCUAUUCAGGGAAGCAGCUCUGAAGCAUGGUGGUGUCCAUUGUGAAGGAGAUGCGAGCGAUGCGUUUGGUCAAGAGGCUGAUGACUCUGAGUGGGAAACAGCUAGCGAAAGUGAUGCUGAAAAUGAUGCCACAGGAGAAGCAGAUGAUGAAACUGAAUGGAAGAAUGAUGGCCACCAGGAAGAUUUCUGUGAGAAAAGCUGAGGAACAGGGCGAGCUGGAUUUGUAUUCAGAGGGAGUCAAACUGAGCAGGUACAGAAGCAGCUUCUGGACGUUCUGCAAUCUGCACCACGAAGCAUCAAAUCUUUCUAAUGGAACGAUCUGGUGACAUUUUUAUUGUCAUUAUUACCAAAGCAAGGCCCAAUUAAAUUAAUUUCCCACGUCUUCUUGCUGGGUCAGUUGAGUUGUGCCUGUGACCAUUCAGUAUUUCCUCGUAGAUGUUGGUCCUUGUUUGGUGUUUGUAACAUGUUUUUCACCAGUUUGUCAACUCUUUGAAUCAAGAAAACUGUGCAUUGUUUGUUUUCUUUUCUUUUUUUUUUAUCCUGAAGUUUGGUGAAGACGCCAUAAUUCUGGCUUUCUUCCCUUUCCACUGGACCUAUCUGGAAUGUGAAGGCCACGUUUCCUUUCUUCA